AUGGGUUUUUGUAAAUAUAUUUACAUUAUAGAACAAGAAGUCGAAAAACAAGAAGAAGAAGAAGAAGAAGAAAAUCAAAAUGUAGAAGACGUCGAAAAACAGCAAGAAGAAGAAGAAGAAGAAAAAGAGGAAGAAGAGGAAGAACAAAAAUCGGCCGACGACGAACCAACUGUCGAACUUACUCUAGAACAAAGUAUUGCUCAAAAUGGUGAUUCUUCGACGCUAGACUUACAAAUGAGAGGAUUAACUAAUGAAGACAUGAAAAUUAUUGGGAAUACAUUAAAAAACAGCAAGACACUCACCACACUCGAGUUCGGUAAUACUGGUUUUUCAGACGACGCUGCCAAACAUCUAGCAGAUGUUUUAAAAAUUAAUACAACACUUACUACAAUUGGACUUUUCAAUAACAAAAUUGGUAUUGAAGGUGCACGACAUUUAGCUGAUGCUUUGAAAAAUAAUACAAUCAAUGUCGCAUUAAAUGGUGAUCAAUUUGGUGAUGAAAAUAUAAUCGUUGACGAUUCACCAUUUAAAUCUACAUUAAUUUAUGCCAAUUCAGAAGGCGUAUCUGUGGAUCUACUUCAGUUAUAUGGUGUUCAAACUCAUAUGGGUAGUUAUAUUGCACUUGUAAUGGAUAAGUUAUUUACGUUCGAAGAAAUAACGACCAUUACUAAAGAUGAAUUUAUGAAGGAUGAACGACACUUAAUUAUUAAAGAAGCAGUUCGAUCAAGAUUCAAGCUGAAUCAUGAAAUGUUACGGUCUGAAUGGUCAACCUUGCAUGAAUGCAUUCUUCAUAAGAGACGCAAUGAAUUGAAGACAAAAAAAGUAGUACUGGGACUCACAGAAUUCCACAUUCAAUGCAAUGAAAUUGGAGACAAUGGAGCCAAAUACCUGAUUGACGCUUUACGAAAUAACAAGACACUCAAAGUAUUAGCUAUUUUUGGCAAUGAAAUCACAGGCGAAGGAUUGAUACAUUUAGCUGAUGUACUAAAAGAAAAUACAACACUCAUCGAACUUAAUAUUCGCGCCAAUCCAAUUAGAAUGAAAGGGCUACAAUAUCUUGCGGAUGCUUUACAAUAUAAAACGGCACUUAUGACACUUGACCUAAGCUCCUGCAAUAUCUCGGAUGAAGGAAUUCAAUGUUUGGCCAAUGGUUUACGAAAAAAUACAACAAUCACCAACAUCGAUCUUGGAUGGAAUGAAUUCGGAGACAAAGGAUUUCAUUAUCUAUUUGAAGCUUUACGUUAUAACACGACACUCACAACACUCAACUUAGCAUCGAAUAAAAUGGACACCGAAGGCUUCCAAAGUCUUGCCGAUUGUUUAAAAGAUAAUACGACAUUGACUAAACUUCAAUCUUAUCAGAACGGAAUCGAUGAUAAUGGACUUUCAUAUUUGGUUGAUGCUUUAGGAAAAAAUAAAACACUUACCACAUUUGAACUCUCAAGUUGUGGAAUUUCAACGGAUGGAGCUCGUCAUUUAGCUGAAAUCUUACGAAAUAACGCGACGCUCACUACGCUCAACUUUGGAAGCGGUGGAAUUGGAUAUGAAGGAGUCCAACAUCUUGCUGACGCAUUACGGGAUAAUACAACACUGACCUCAAUUAAUCUUGGUGGAAAUGGACUUGAAUCCAAAGGAGUUCAAUAUCUGGCUGAUGCUUUACGAAAUAACAAUACACUCAUGACACUCGAAAUACGAUCGAAUCAAAUUGAUGCCAAAGGAGCCCAACAACUGGCUGAUGCUUUACAAAGCAACACGGGACUUACUACACUCGAUCUCAAUAGUAAUAGAAUAGAAAACAAAGGAGCUCAAUAUUUAGCUGAUGCUUUACGAAAUAACAAGACGCUCACUACACUUGAUAUCGGAGAAAAUGAAAUUAAAGGAAAAGGUAUCCAGUAUCUUGCUGAUGCUCUACAAAGCAAUACAGUAAUAUUUUUCUUAAUCUAUCUGCCAUUUUCAUCUUUACUUUUUACAUAG